AUGAGCUCUUGGCAAGAAAACACCAGGCCUUGCAACUGGACGGGCAUCAUGUGCACGGCUGUCCGCCAUGGCCGCCGCAUGCCCUGGGUGGUCACAAACAUCUCCCUGCCUGAUGCUGGCAUCCAUGGUCAGCUUGGUGAGCUCAAUUUCUCAGCUCUUCCAUUCCUCACAUAUAUUGACCUUCGAAACAACACUCUCCGUGGUGCACUACCCCCUAGUAUCAACUCCCUGUCAGCCCUUUCGGUACUUGACCUUUCCUACAACCAGCUCACAGGGAAAAUUCCUAGUGAGAUUGCUGACCUGCAAAGUCUCAUGCUGCUUGAUCUUUCAUUCAACAGACUCGCGGGACAUAUCCCUGCGUCCUUAGGUAACCUCACAAUGUUAACUGAUCUUCUCAUUCACCAAACCAUGGUUUCAGGUCCUAUUCCUGAGGAGAGUGGAAGGCUUGUCAACCUAAAAAAUCUACAGCUAAGCAACAACACCUUAAGCGGCAUGAUACCAAAAACGCUUGGAAAUCUGACCCAACUAAAUACUUUGUUCCUGUUUGGUAAUCAACUUUCAGGGCCUAUACCCCAAGAACUAGGCAGGCUAGUCCAUUUGCAAAUUCUCCAGCUUGACUCAAAUGAUUUUUCAGGUCCAAUUCCAAUCUCUGUAACCAAUCUCACUAAGAUGAACACACUUUCUCUCUCUAAAAAUCAAAUCACGGGUCUAAUACCCCCAGAACUAGGUAACCUCGCUAUGCUCAAUGAUCUUUCUCUAUAUACAAACCAAAUCACAGGUCCAAUACCUUUAGAAUUGGGGAACUUGCUGAAUCUCCAGAUUUUAGAUUUGGACGACAACCAAAUAUUUGGCUCUAUUCCUGGCAGCUUAGGAAAUAUAACCAAGCUAGUAGAAUUAUCCCUCUCUGUAAAUAAGAUAACUGGUUCCAUUCCCCAAGAGAUUGGCAAUCUCAUAAACCUCGAAUAUUUAGGCUUGCAUCAGAACCAAAUUUCGGGAUCAAUGCCAAAAACUUUGGGGAAGCUGCAAAGCAUCCAAGAACUACAAAUCUUUGAUAACAAAUUAUCAGGUACUCUUCCUGAUGAAUUUGGAGAUCUGAUGAGCCUUGUUCACCUUGGGCUGUCUGAAAACUCACUUUUAGGACCUUUACCCGCAAAUAUAUGUUCAGGUGGAAGACUUCAAUAUCUUGGUGUCUCUUCUAAUAUGUUCAACGGCCCCAUUCCAAGUAGUCUAAAGACAUGUACGAGUUUGGUUCUAAUUGACCUUGGGUCGAACCAACUAACAGGAGAUAUAUCUCAGCAUUUUGGUGUGUAUCCACAACUAAUAAAAAUGAGCUUGUCAUCGAAUAGACUCUCUGGGGAGAUCUCACCAAAUCUAGGUGAAUGUACCCAGCUAACAGUACUAUCUCUAGGAAACAAUAUGAUCUCGGGUUCCAUACCUCCAAUCCUUUCUAAAUUGUCCAACCUAGUAGUACUAAGACUCGAAUCGAAUCAUCUCAGUGGUGAGGUUCCACCAGAAAUCUGCACUUUAACCAAUCUAUAUAGCCUGAACAUGUCAUCGAACCAACUAUCUGGAUCUAUACCUACACAGAUAGAAAAGUUGGGCAAUCUAGGAUACCUUGAUAUUUCUGGAAAUAAACUGAGUGGAUUAAUACCUGAGGAACUAGGGGCAUGCACGAAACUACAGUACUUGAAGAUCAACAACAACCACUUUAGGGGGAGUUUACCUAGUGCGAUUGGAAAUUUAGUAGGCCUGCAGAUCAUGUUAGAUGUGAGCAACAAUAACCUUAGUGGUGCGUUGCCGCAGCAACUUGGGAAGUUGGGGAUGCUAGAAUCUCUUAAUUUAUCACAUAAUAAGUUCGCUGGCAGCAUUCCAUCCUCCUUUGCAAGCAUGGUGAGCCUUUCAACACUUGAUGUGUCCUACAAUGUCUUGGAAGGACCAAUCCCAACAACACGACUACUCCAAAAUGCUUCAGCAAGUUGGUUUCUUCCCAAUAAAGGUCUGUGUGGUAAUCUCUUUGGCCUGCCACCUUGUUAUUCAAGCCCAAUAGAUGGUCACCACAAAUGGAAGACACUUGGUUUGCUUUUGCCAAUUGUUCUUGUGGUGGGUUUCAACAUUGUUUUUGCGAUUGCUGUCAUAAUAAUGCUUCGGCAUAACAAGAGAAAACCACAAGAAGGUGUCAUUGCUGAAGCAAGGGACUUAUUCUCUGUUUGGAAUUUUGAUGGAAGAUUGGCAUUUGACGAUAUUUUAAGAGCAACAGAAGACUUUGAUGAUAAGUACAUCACUGGAACAGGAGGAUACGGGAAAGUCUACAAGGCCCAACUCCAAGAUGGGCAGCUGAUUGCUGUGAAGAAGCUUCAUCAGACCGAAGAAGAGUUGGAUGAUGAAAGAAGAUUUCGUAGUGAAAUGGAAAUCUUAACGCAAAUCCGACAACGAAGCAUUGUCAAAAUGUAUGGAUUCUGCUCCCAUCCAGUGUAUAAAUUUCUAGUCUACGACUACAUUCAGCAGGGAAGCCUCCACGGAAUAUUAGAAAAUCAGGAGCUAGCAAAGGAAUUAGAUUGGAAGAAGAGAAUUGCUCUUGCAACUGAUGUGGCUCAAGCAAUAUCUUAUUUGCACCACGAAUGCAGUCCACCUAUAAUCCAUCGAGAUAUCACAAGCAACAACAUCUUACUUGAUACAUCCUUCAAGGCUUUUGUCUCGGAUUUCGGCACGGCAAGGAUUCUUAAGCCCGAUUCGUCAAACUGGAGUGCACUAGCAGGAACGUUUGGCUACAUAGCUCCUGAACUGUCGUACACAUCUGUUGCGACAGAGAAAUGUGAUGUCUAUAGCUUUGGGGUGGUUGUGUUAGAGCUAGUGAUGGGCAAGCAUCCAAGGAAUUUAUUAGAUGGUAGUCUUUCUAACGGCGGACAAUCAAUGAUGGUGAAAGAUAUUCUGGACCAACGGCCGACAACACCAAUAACAACAGAAGAGAAUAACUUAGCUCUGCUCAUCAAGUUGGCCUUAUCUUGUUUGGAAUCUUCUCCCCAAGCAAGGCCAACCAUGCAGGAGGCAUACCAAACACUCAUCCAGCGACCAUCUUCUAGUUCUUGUUCUGUGCCUUUCAGCGCGCUUAUAUUACAGCAAGGGAUGCAUGCUGAUAUAAGUUCUGAAUCCUAG